AUGACAUCUGGAAAUGAUUAUUCAAAAUGUGAAAAUCAAUCGUGCAGUUUUCCUUCAUCAUCACAGGGUGAUUCUUUGAACAAUGAUAAUCCAAUAAAUUUAAGUAACAUAAUUCAUUGGAUUAACUCUUUUGAAUUUAUUCGGCCAAAAAAAACUAUAGUCAGAGAUUUUUCUGAUGCAACUAUGGUUGCUGAAAUAAUAAAAUAUUAUUGGCCAAAAUUAAUAGAUCUUCACAAUUAUGUACCAGCUAGUUCAUUUACUAAUAAGAUUUCAAAUUGGGAUACUUUAAAUAGAAAAGUAUUAAAAAAAGUGAAGUUACCACUUUCAAAGGAAACUAUAGAAAAGUUAUCAAUGGCUGAUCCAAAUACUAUUUUUCAAUUUUUAAAAUCUUUAAAAGUAGUAAUAGAUGAAUUUGAACAUGAAAAACAAUUAAGAUUAGAAAAAAAUCAAAAUUGUCCACUUUAUAUCAUAGUUAACGACGAAAUGAUUCAAGUUACAGAAAAUGAUUGUUGCACUAAAGAAUAUCUUAGCAAAGAAGUUGUAGCAUUAAUAAAUAAACUUCAACAUAAAAUUAAUGGCAUGGAACACAAGAUUGACCACAUAAGUUCAUUGAUAUGCGUGAAAGAUAGGCGGAUAAAAGAUUUACAAUCGCAAUUAAAUCAGCUGAAAAAAGAUAACACUUCUUGAAUGUUUCAAAUGAAUUAUAAUGCUGUUUUCCAAAAUUGUUGUAGCUUAUUUAAUUUUUUUUAUGCAGCCAUAAUUAUUAAAUUAAAAUCUACAUGAAUUGAAGAAGUAAUAAAAUUGAAUACAUGACUAGUAAGUAAUAAUCUAACAUUUGUUCAUUCACUACAAAAUUAAUUUUAAUUGUGAUAAGUACUAUUAGUACUAAUAUAAAGUCAUGCUGUAAGAAUAGUAUUGACUAAUGCCAUUUUAUAAAAAAUUCCUUUGAAUGACUGUAUUUUCAUUAUAUAAAACAAAUGUGAUCUUAUCCAACAGUAACAUAAACUGUUAGGUAUAUUGUUAUACAUCAUCAUAAUGGUUAGAUUAACAUAACCUAACAAGCAGUUUUAGUAACAGAUCUGCUAUAACAGAUAAAAAAAAAAU